GCUCAGAAUAUCUAAAAAUGGCCGAUUACCUCGUUUUCUCCCCAGCCGGUGCAAAUACAAAUAAUUAUGCAAAUGUUGAUGAAAUUGUUGAGCACGCAACUCGAAACAAUGUCGACGCAGUCUGGGCAGGUUGGGGACAUGCUAGCGAAAAUCCUCGUUUACCCGAAGAAUUGAGCAAAAGAAAUAUUGUCUUUAUUGGCCCUCCGAGCAAAGCAAUGUUUGCUUUGGGGGAUAAAAUUGCUAGCACGAUUAUAGCUCAGACGGUAAAAAUCCCAACAAUAGAAUGGUCAGGAAGUGGAUUAGUAGUUGAAUCAACAGGAGAAGAAGAAGAAGGCGGAAAAGAAGGAGGAGGGGGAGGGGGAAGAGGAAGCGAAUUAGAAAUUUCCAAAGAAUUGUAUUUAAAAGCCUGUGUCUCCACAGUUGAAGAAGGCUUGGCAUCUAUGAAAGAAAAAAAUAUUUGUUACCCAGUAAUGAUAAAAGCAUCUGAGGGAGGUGGUGGAAAAGGAAUUAGAAAGUGUAUUAGUGAUGAAGAAUUUCGUUUAAAUUUUAGAAGAGUUCAAGCUGAAGUGCCGGGAAGUCCUAUUUUUUUGAUGAAGUGAGUUUUUGUUUUUUGAACUAUACAAGGGAGGUGGGUCGGAAUUCCGGUUUCCGACGGUUUUUUCCCUUCCAAUUUCCGAAAAAAAUUUUUGAGUUCCAAGUUCCGAAAAAAAUUUUUUGAUUUCCAAGUUCCAAGUUCCGAAAAAAAAAUUUUAAUUUCCGAGUUCCGACUUUUGAGCCAGUUCCGAUUUCCAGCUCUUC